GGUGACCAAAGUGAGGGAGGAGGGAGGGGGAAACGGCGUAUGCUUGUAUACAACCCUGAUUUCCAUUUUUUUCCCAACUCGUAAUGUAUUUAAUUCAAGUGAAACGUAAUCAUGACGUGUCGUGUCAUUAAUCUCCUCGCCGCCUCUCCCAAGCUGCCAGGAGGAGGUUGCCACAGAAGGGUGAACCCCCUGGACACUAAAGAAUGGCAUUGCACCUCAAAAGCUGCUGAAGUAGAGGAUGGAUUCCCCACCGGAGUGUGUUUCUGUCUCUUGUGAGCAGCCCCAGUCUCCCUCAGCAUUGCCAUCACUUGAUCACAGUCCCCAAGCCUCACCCCUUCGAGCCCAAAUAUCCUUUCCUCAUAGCACAGCUGCCCUGGCUGCUCAGAGCCCAGAACACUCCGUCCACAGUCCUGACACCAAACCGUAUUUCCCCCUCUCUCCUUUCCCUCUCCUCCAGGAUAAUAAAAAUCACCACAAUGGUGAUGAUGAAGACAUGGAAUUGGAUGGGGUUCCUCUGUCUCCUACUCCAGCCGUGGCUCUUUUUCCAGGAGGUGGACUUGAAGCAGGUUGCAGUCCCUGUUUGGACUCCUCACCCCCGACCACACCGUCUGCACCUCCUGUUGGAUUUGGAGCGCUGGAACUGGCCCUCUCUUCAGGGCAGGGUGGAAACUCAAACAAUGAGUUGGACCUUCAGCUGUUUCAGAAGGAAACUGUCGCAAGAGCAGCCCCUGGACCAGGAGGAGCAUCGUUGGGACCAGCUCUGAGGUUUCCCUGUAACGUCUGUGGGAAAAGAUUUCGAUUCCAAAGUAUUUUGUCCCUUCAUGCGAGAGCUCACAGCCUUGACAGGGACCGCCGCGCUUCAGCUCUUUACAAGUCUGGACUCCCAUCAGUCCCUUUGAAGCAGCAGCUAAAGGUUGAGAAGAACCACAAAGAUGUAAUCCAAAACAGCAGAAGACGCGCCAACCAGCAUUUACUGCCAGGGUCUUUUAUUCACCACCUCGGAGAGGAAGGCGUUGAUAAUGAGGCCAAAGGUCAAGGUGAUCAACUGCAGGGCCACCACAAUUCCAACUUUGUAGUGGAGGACGGCACGCACACGUUGACCCCUCCGCUGACUGAAGAACCUCUGUCUGCGACCUCCCCUUACUCUUUAAAUCUAUCUCUGAUUGCCGAUGCUGCAUCUGCCCCCACAGCGCCAUCUUUCCGCUGUCAUGCCUGCAAAGGCAAAUUCCGCACAGCUUUAGAAUUGGCACGUCAUGUCCGGAUCCUGCAUAACCCUUACAAAUGCUCGCAGUGCCCAUUCUCUGCGAGUCUGGAAGAAAGCCUGGCAUCUCACGUGCAGGAGUGCCAUCCUCCCCCGGAGAUACCAGCUCUGCCUCCACUCCUGAGCUCUAGGCCAGCGAAUACCACCCCGGACACCCUGAUGCCAACCCCGUCUCCCGCCGCAGCACACGGCCAGAAUAAUGCACAGGCCCCGUCAGCUACUCCAGCCGCCACAUCCUCGUCGCUGCCAGCCUUUCGCUGUGAAACCUGUGGACAACGGUUUACCCAGUCUUGGUUCCUUAAAGGACACAUGCGAAAACACAAGGAUUCCUUGGACCAUAAGUGCCAGGUGUGUGGUCGUGGUUUUAAAGAACCUUGGUUUCUCAAAAACCACAUGAAAGUACAUCUAAACAAGCUGGGGCUUAAGGCUGGACUGGGAACUCUUGCUGGAGCCAGUGGUGUGGAACAGCAGGCCAAAGGUUCUGCUAGCAGCCAGUCCCUCAAUGCUGUUUACUCAAGUCUCCUUUUGGCUCAGCAAGGUGGUGGUCGGGCUGGACAUGGCAGAUCAGAGCGCGAUUCCAGAGCCAGAAUGGGGAUGGGACCAAGCAAGUCUGCCAUCCUAGGAUACCUUGGGCUCCCUACAGAUGGAACUGGAGCUAGCUGUAUGGAGAGGCUUCAGGCUGUGGCACAAGUUGCAGAGAUGGGAAAUGGGAGUGGCAUCGGUUUUUCGGCCGAUACAGGGAGAAACGGUGGGACUUCUAGAGCAGGCGGAGCUGGUGAUACAGCACAACUGUCAGAUUCAGCGGACCAGGCAACGUGGUGGCAGCUGGUGGCACGAAGCCUUGCAGUCGCUCAACAGCAGCAACAGAGACCCAACCAGCGUGGUCAACAAGGGGUACGUGGUCAACGAGGUCAAGCCCGUAGCUCAGUGAUCACCGAAGCGGACCAAGUCAGAGCAUACCUGGGAAGUUUGGAUCAAAGUCGAGAGUCUGCUCCUGCAGGAGGGUCGUGGGAAUGCCCAGAAUGUGGAAAGCUAUUCCACAGCCUGCAGCAGGUGGUCGCCCAUGCACGAGUUCAUACUCACACUCCCCAGAAAGGUGGCAGCAGCGAGGAGGAGAGUAGUGCCAGUCGUCGGGGAGGAGGGCAAGGAACAGCGGCCACAGGUGAACUGAGGCAAGAACCCAAUCCACUCAGUGCUGGGCCACAACAAGAAAAAGCAUCCGCGGGGUAUCACUCGAUCAUGUCCAACUUCAAAGUUGAAAAUGGAAUGCCUGCGCUCCCCUCAAUACCUUCCGUCACCACCAGGGAGCGGGUCCGAGGUCGAGGGAUAAAGGAUUGUCCCUACUGUGGUAAAGCAUUCCGGUCAUCACACCAUCUUAAGGUGCACCUGAGAGUUCACACAGGUGAGAAACUCUGUGAGCGACCCUACAAAUGUCCCCAUUGCGACUAUGCCGGCACCCAGUCCGGCUCACUGAAAUACCACCUGCAGCGUCACCACAGGGAGCAACGCCUGUCAGGCUCCUCCAACUCCUCUGCUACUGGAAUCACCUCCACCAUCAAUAGCCUGACGUCUGCCAGCGCUGGGGCGGGCAAGCAGCGGCGUUCCCAACCAAACCACUGCCCGAUCAACCAAGGCCCUGCUGAAAGUCACUCCUCAAGGCCCGGCCAGCAAGCUUGGCAACUGGGACUGCCAGACCAGCAGGAGCAUCACAAGGCCUUGGCAGCUUUAAGGGAAGUUGACCUGGAAACCCAGUAUAGAUAUCUCUCUGGGGUGAUGGGUGCACUGUACCAGGGAGGGGUCGAGGGAAAUUGGAUCAGAGAGUCCACUGCACCAAAAGCCCCAAAGGUUUCUCGCCGUAAACCCCUUACGACAAGUCGGAUGGUUCCGCCAUCAAGAGACAAAGAAGGGUCCGACAAUCAGGUGGGAGGCUUCGAACCUCUGGAUCUGUCUCGUCGCUCCUCCCCUGGAUAUGAGGGUUUUGAGGACGACGCUGCAUAUGCUGAGGGAGAUGAUUUGGGGGAUAGAAAUGCUAGUGGCGACAGUUCAGCAGGUGUCAAACUGAGUCAUUGCUCCGAAUGUCCAUUCCGCACGUCCUCCAAGGAGCUCAUGGCCAUGCAUCUCCAGGUCAACCAUACCAGUAAGUCCAGACGCAAAAGAAGCUCCAUAUCAACCUCAGAUCGUGAGAGCGCCCCCAAAGCUGCCAAACCAGAGGCCGAGUCAUUGGAACUUGAUGCUUUUGGAACUUUGAGGUCCAAGAGUGAGACCCCCACUAGGGAGUGGCCCUCUGCCCAGGUCCAAACCCUGAAUGGUCUUUCACCCGAAGCAGCAGACCAGUUAGAUGAUGGCUGCCCGGAAACCAACUCAACUUCCGCAUAUCCUUUUCUUACCGAUGGACUUGCAAUCCAUACUAAGAAAGACAGGAUUGAAGAAGAGCUAGAUGGGGGUUUGGAGGACCAACUGGAGAGCAGUAGUCUGGCUGAUUCACCAGAUCAGGAAAUGUCUUUCACUCUUUCACCAGCUAUGAGCUCCAACCACAUUGUCGACGAGGAGGAACAAGUCUUAACAGAUUAAAUCCUGUCGGAUUACAGCCUUUAGAUUCACGAGUUGGGUUCAGCUCUCUGACAAGAAUGGAGAAGGGCUCAGACACUCGACCCUGAAUGCUUUUCUUCUGGAUGGAGGUGGCUUCAUGACAACCCUGACGAAGAAAUACACCGAGCGUAUUCUUCUCCUGUACAAACGAGCGAGUUAUCCUGUUACAUUUUUGUUGGACUUCUUUGUGGUUACCGAUUUGAUAACUGAAAAAAAAGAUCAUCUACCGGAUCACUCCAGAGUCACACAUGUAUUCAAUAGUCAGACUAUGUAUAAUCCUAGACUACUGUAGAGUUACUGUGAAGAAGAAAUCCUCCUAUAAUGACAAAGUCUGGACAUCAGUUCACGUUCAACCUCAGCCGUUCAUAUCUGCAGAAUGUGAGAACCUUCUCUCGACAAUAUAUUACUGCCUGGUUUGUCUUUCUAAAGGUUUGUCUUAUGAACAAGUGACAGAACACUUUGUAAUAUCAUUUUCUUUAUUACUUUUUGUUAGUGCCUGUUUAUGUACGUCGUCAACAGAGUUUCUGCUGUUCCGCCUCUCGAGACUUUGAUAGUUUGAUCAUUUUAUCCGAUGAUAGAGUUUUAAACAAUUUAAAUACAGUAUAUUUGUGGUUUUAGGGUGUUGUGAGUCGUUCAAAUGUUAAAGAGACGCCUCCGUGACAGGCGGCGUGAAAAGAAAAGAAAAAAGUAGGUGAUAAUGUGAUGUAUUAUUUGAUGAAAACAAGGUCAGCAGUCGGGUUUUCAAAAGAGGUCACCAUCAAAAAUUUCUCUGUUUACCUACGAGGCAGAAGCGACUUUGUUGUUAUGACAACUUACUGUCAUCUCUGAUGAAUGGAAUAGAACAGAAAACAGUGUUUAAGUGCUUUCAGAACCUCAAACACUACCACUGUUUUCCAAGUCGCUAAAAAGUGUUAGUCAUAGUAAAAUAUCUUUCUCUCGAGCAAAGAUGUGGAGAUGAAAAUGAAAACAGGAAGCAACCUUGGCCAACUAAAUCUAAAACUAAAGCAUCUGGCCUCCGCGAAAGAGACGACAUUAGGAGUCAUUAUGAAAAGACUAACAAUGCAUAGGCAUCCCAGUAGAUUACAUGUAGCUUUUGUUUAGACAAAAAGGAAAGGAGGAGAAUGAAAAGGCUUUUCGCUCACCACAUUGGGAGAUAGUUACCGAGCAAAUGGUUUCAAUGUUUGUGAGCUAAGACUAGUUGCAAUGUCUUUACAGAGCACUGUGCAAAGUUUAAUUUUCCAAAGUAGUACAAUUUUUGACUUUAUCAAUAGACCAAACCUUUCGUUCUCGUCGGACGUUGUCACUUUCUGUUGUCGUUUUCAGAACGUGUGAUUGUGUGGUGACAAUAGAUUUGCCUCAUCGGUGCUCCAGAACACUUUUUUUUCUCCAGUUUCACUUUUACCUACUUCCUGGUGCAGACUGAAAAAUCAAAUGGACCAAAUCAUUAUCAGUGUUCACUAUCAAACUUCUAUUUAAAGUUCAUACUUUGGUGCAGUUGGUGUGAUAAAUUCUCACUUUGUUGGGUUGCGUUCUGCCGCGGUUAUUUGCGGGUGCAGACGUGUCCGUAGCGUAGACGGAGUCGUGGACUGUAACUAACUGGCACAUGGAUAAUUCCGUGCAAUAAUUUAACACAUGGCAUAGUUGGGUGACAAACUUUGUGGAUGUGGUUGCUUUAAACAAACACAUCUACCAAGAUUUGGGAGCUGCAUCUGAGAAGUUACUGCUUUCACUUUAACAUCCAGGACUGUUUCUGAUGAGCUGUCAAUCAUUGCAACCACACUUUGAUACAUAUUUGUGCGUUCUUUUGUAGAGCACCCUGAGUUUUCGUCGUGGAAGUCCCUUUGUGGUGUGUCCGUAACUACUACUGUCAAUGCCACCGUGCCUUCUGUUUCAAGCACUUCCUGGUGUACUUUGUAUAACUCACCAAAAGCACUUAGCCGAUAUCCGCAUACGUUCUCCUGUUUCUCCCGACCCUCUCAUCCCACCCCCCUGAUAUCUUCAUCUUUUUCCUUCCCUCUUCCCUCCCAUUCAGCCUAAAAACUGUCUCCAGGCCAAGACAACAAUGAUCACUAUUCUUUAUAUUAGAAACAUUAAAUGGUCUAAAUCCUGAGGUUUGACAAACCAAAGGCCUUUUCCGUUUCAUCAGGUUCAAAACUACGUCCACUGUGACUCUAAAAUCCAUUCAAAACUUACUCUUUUCCCUCCAUUUCCUCUGUUUUACUUUAAUCACGCUUGCUCUUCAUCCAAGUUCCUCUCUCGUCCGCCAAUGCUCUCUCCAGCACCAUUCGAAGGUGACGUGUACUAUUCUGGUAUUGAGGCCUUUACUAGAUUUUAAUUUCCGUUUAUGUGGUGUUCGUUCUAUGCCGUUGAGAUGGAAAAAAAAAUGUUCUUCUUAUAUUGAUUAUUAUUGUUUUGGCAUUAAGGUAUUAAAAACAAAAAUAAGAACUGUGUUGUUGAAUGUUGUACAGAUAGAACUAGAAAUGUGUUUCUUUAUGAGAGCCCAAGCUGACGCGAUGGUCCCUUCCACUCCUCCCACUGGCAGAAGGGAAUAAAACAGUCUGCCAAUCAUUCCAGAAGUAGUGACAAACGCGUCCUCGGCAAUGACACAUAAAUGUGAUGUUGCUCUCCAGAGGACUGAAUGUACCAAACGUCUUUGAGUCAAACUCCAAAUUUUCUCCCGGCGGGGAAAAACAUCUUUGUAUGUUGCUGUUACGAUUGAAUGUAUUGGUUGUUUUGGACAAUUUUGGCUCAUGUUGUGUCACGCAAGAUACUGUAAAUGCUUUGGAGAGAAAACAGUUCUGGACUGCAACUUAAUUCAUGACAUUGUUCCAAAUUAUCCUAAAUUUGCUCAAGUCAAAACAAUCUGUUGUGACUUCAAUUUGCACUAUUGGUCGCUCUUUGUUCACUUUUAAUCCUAAUCUUAAUCUGCACCUUAUCUGCUGUUGUGGCUCACAUCAUUUCUGUGUUUUUGUUUUCAACUGUGGAAGGACAAAUCUCUGAGGGGAGGGGGCCAGGCUGGGUUUGGGCUCUUGUGUAGUUGACUGCCAUUGCAGUGAGGGAAAACUGAUCUAACAUAGUAGUGACUAAUAUGACUUUGUGGACAGAUUAAAAAAAAAAAAAAAAAGAUAAUAAAACACAUUAGAAGCAAGUAAACACAAACAAAUGAACGCUUGGUGUCUUUUUUUCAGUCUGUGAUUUUGUCUGCAUUUUAUUCAUGGAAGGAUGUGUUUCAUUAAAGUUCUGAA